AGUGAACUGGGCAUCGAAGAGUCUUGUCAAAUCUUUCCCAAUGAAUCUUCUCCGGCUCUGGAUAGGCGGGAUUUAGAGGAUUAAGGUGAGUCAGGAUUGCAAACCCCGGAGGAUAAUCGGCCCGCCCCGCCAGGUUCAGUCGCGUGGACAAAUGUUUCAGUAGAUAAGGCAAAGGCUCAGAUUGAGACAUGGAUGAGACUGCUAGCAAGGAGCAUGGAAUUGUUACAAGAUCUGCCGAGUAUGUUGGCUCAUUUCCUGUGGAUGACAGUUGUUUGGAUGAUCAGAUUCAGCAGCUGCACACUCAGCUGAAGUCUUUCAAGUACUGCAAGAGCAAGCGAACAGUCUCAUUGAGAUUCUCUGUCAAGGGAGUCAAAGUUUAUGAUGAAGAUGAAACGACGCUCCUCAUGGCUCACGCCAUGUGUCGAGUCUCACUAUCCACCUCCCGUCCGUCUGAUGCCCAGUUUGCCUUUGUCUCCCAUAAUCCUGGAAAUUCUGAUGCACAGCUCUAUUGCCACCUCUUCAGGGCCAGACAUGCCCGAGCUGCCCAGUUCCUGAACCUGCUGCUUUGCCGCUGUUUCCAGCUGUAUUUUCUGGAGAAGCACCCAGAGGAAGCACAGGACGAGUGUUCAGGGAAGAAACCAACUCAAACCCCAUCAUUGCUUAAUCAAGGAUUCCCUCUCAGUGUUAGUGCCUUGGUGUCCUUCCGCAGAGCCCCAACACAAGGCCUACUGCCGGGGGCAAAGGUGUUCUCGCAGCCGAGCAUGGAGCAAGUCAGCAGUCCUGAAGAGGCCCCCACUUCCUCUCCGACUUUAGUUCGUAAAAUGGCAAUUCGAACUAAAGUGCUGCGCUCAGGAGCGUAUCGCUCUUUUACAUUUACUCCCACAAAACAGCGCCACCUGCAGGAUAAACUGAGUGCACCACAAGAAAAGGAACAGGCCAGUGCAAAAGCAUUCAAGUCUCCCAGUUUGGCCGAGACAGAAGAAGCUCUCGCUCAAGCAGUGUGGUGCUGGGCUGGCGUGUCUAGCGACUGUAGUUCCUCACUUCUGGCAGAUGAUGUCUUGGGUGCCUUCCUGCUAUGUCCUCAUCCCAAAAAGCCCAGCCGUGGGUCUCUUAUAGUCCGCUUUCCCUCAGGACUGGUAACUCAUUUGAUUAAGAAUUCCAAGGGGAAGUUCCGGCUCGAGAAGUGCAACAUUGACUUUGAAAGCCUUGCUGCUUUGAUCGAGUACUACACAGAGUUCAGUGAGGAGCUGGAAUGUUCUCUGAGCUGGUCUCGCGUCAACCACUGCUACGAUUGGGAAGAGAUGGUGAAUAAGAGUUCACGUUCACUGCAGGACAACAAGAAAGGCACAUUCAAAAACCAAAGUUGGGUUUGAGUCCUGUCUUGUAUGGACUUUUUUUUUAAUAUAAUUUUCUUUUAAUCAUUUUAUACUGUAUAUUUUACUUGGUUUUAAAUUUUAUCGAGCUGCUGACAUUACUAAACCUUCCUAACAAGGAUCUUAAAUCACUGGCACUUUUUUUGUUUUUGAUAUUUUGAAGGGGCACUUCUGUUUUGCCUGCUGGGAACAAUCUUAACUCACUUAAAGCACUCAUGUUAUUGUAGUUUGUUUUUGGUUUAAAUUUGUGUUCUUCUGAAACGAGCACUUCUGUUUUUCAUGUAAAUGUCAGAUUUAAAUGUAAACUUGACAACUAUUUCGAAGGUGCAGACUGUUUCAUGUACCAUGUCUUAUGUCUUUUUAGUGAUUACAUUAACGCAUCCAGUAAAUGAUUUCUCUCUCUCUCGCUGGCUUUAUCUUAAUGUUUUGUAACUCUUGCACACUGCACCUUUCUAUUGUUAGCUUUGCACCAAUGUAAACUGAGUGUCUUUGCCUCUUUGCAUAAACUGACUGAUUAUACAGUCAUUUUGUCUCCUUUUCUUGUAUAGCUUUAAUAUUCAUUACUUUGAAAGAAACCAGUGGAAUACUGCUAUGUAACCAGCUAUGUAGAUAUGGGAGAGUUUCAU